UUUUAGCUACGAUGUGUGGGACGGAGGGACAGUAGGUUAAAGGUCUCUUCAUCUUAAAAGUUUUUGGUAUUAUGUAGAAAAUUAAUCUUCUAACAAAAUUAAUACGAUUUAGGACGUAAUAAAAAUGUACGAUAUUUAGUAAAUGUCGUUGAAAUAAAACUAUUAAAUUAAAUACAAUUAUAUUCUAAUAUCUUAAAUCAUUGUGAAUUACGUUUCAUUGGCAACCGUAUAACUUAUUUAAUUUUUUAAAAAGUAUAAAUUCUACAGUUUUAAUAUAAAUAAUAUUAUAUAUACAUUCGAUAUAAAUAGUUAAAUUAUUUAAAUUAAGUAAAUUAUUCAAGUCAUUUUUUAUACUUUCAAAUGAUUUGCGGAGAUCGUGUAAAAUUUUUACCAGCACUAGAGAAAAAAUGGAAACCCACAGAAGGAUGCGACCGGACGAAAUUGCUCACCCUCAGACAUCCGACGACCAUAUCAAAAUUAAAAAAGUCCGUACCACGACCAGAUUAUCGACCGGUAAAAAGUGCACUACCGGGUUGGAAUGAAAUAGAAUUAAAUGAAAAAAUACGCACGUACCACGGGAGCACUCCGACGGGACCGUUGGUUUUUCAUAAAGGACUUAUGGGAAUUCAUCCGCUGCAAACUAAGACUAGAUUAGAUUUUUCUUUAAACGACCCACAUAGUAAUGAAAUAAAAUACGAUUACAAUCCGUUACACGAUCCGCAUUUAAAAAAAUGGGCGAACUCGAAACAAAACCGAAAAUUUCUGCACCAACAAGGACUCGUUACCGACGAUAUGGAAGUAAUAUGUACUUUAAAAGAAUAUAAUGAAUACAGGCGGUAUUUAUGGCGUAAACAUAAUGAUGAAUUUCUAAAACUUCUAAAACUUAAAGACCAACAAAAAGCAGAACAACGAAAAAUAAAUAACGCUAAUAAAAACCAUAAAAAAGAAAUGGCGAAACAAUUGACCCAAUUGAAAUCUUGUAUGGCAAAAAGGAAACCUCGCAAGGUAAGUUCACUAUUUCAUUAA